AUGGGCGACGCCGCGCUGCAUAGACUGUCCGAGCGGUUCGGCCUGGCGGGGAAGACCGCGAUCGUCACAGGGGGCACGAAGGGCAUCGGACAUGCAGUGGUGGAGGAGUUGUGCGUGCUCGGGUGCACCGUGCUGACGUGUGCGCGCAACAAGGAGGACCUCGACAAGUGCAUCGACGAGUGGAGAGCCAAGGGCUACCAAGUCCUGGGCAUGGCCGUCGACUGCAGCGACAGCGCCGGGCGGCAACUGCUGCUCCAGGGCGCCAGCACCGCGUUCGGCGACACGGGACUCGACAUUCUGGUGAACAACGUCGGAACGAACAUCCGGAAGCCCACGGUGGACUACACGGAGGACGAGGUCGGCAAGGUCAUGUCGACGAACCUCGACUCGGCCUUCUUCGUCUCCCAGAUGUGCCACAAGCUGCUCCGGCAGGCCAAGGGCUCCGUCGUCUUCGUGAGCUCCGUGGCCGGCGGCCCCCUUGCGAUGAAGUCCGGCACGCCGUACGCUAUGAGCAAAGCGGCGAUGAACCAGCUGACGCGCAACCUCGCGGUGGAGUGGGCCGGGGACGGCGUUCGCGUCAACUGCGUCGCGCCGUGGUACACCGCGACGCCGCUCGCGAUGCAGGUGUUGCAAAACGAGCAGUACAAGGAUGCAGUGCUGUCGCGGACGCCGAUGGGGCGGAUCGCGACGCCGGAGGAGGUGGCGAGCUGCGUCGCGUUCCUCUGCGGCAAAGGCGCGGGGUUCGUGACCGGGCAGGUGCUGUCGAUAGACGGCGGGUACUCGUGCAUGGGGUUCUUUUAA